AUGGUUCCCAUCGGAUUUCUUGAUGUCGCCGCUCAGUCGUCUAUUGGCCUCACCCUCCCGGAGAAUGUCAACACCAUCGUGGGGGACCCGGUCACUCUUCCUGCGACGUUUCAGACCAGCAGACGGAUCAUGAGCGUGUCUUGGGUAAAAGUUCAGACUGAAACUAAACGGACGUCAGUCCUGACUUAUUAUCCUCAACUUGGAUCUUCCGAAGCCCAUGGUACCUACAAAGGGAGGGUCUCGCUUGUUGGAAAGGCGUCGCUGAAGAUAAGCCAGACUGAAGUUGGAGAUGAAGGAACAUACGUGCUGUCUGUUAUGGUGAAGGGGCUUGGCACUGAGGAAGGUGCUGUGAAGCUAAAUCUGCUCGUACCCCCGACGGUUGAAGUCGGCCCGUCCAACCCCUACGUCACUUCCGCCGGAAGGACCGCCACCCUGUCGUGCACCGUGAAAGACGCGAAGCCAAACAUCACUUCCCUCCACUGGGAGAAAAACAGCAUCAAGAUCGACAGCGAGAAAUUCGACACCAAAUAUUCUGGCGGGAACCUUCAGUCACCUGACCUGGCCAUCCGUCACGUGACCAGGGCUGACCGAGGCCUGUACACGUGCGUCACAAAUCACGUGGUCCGAUCAACAAGUGCAGCCCUAAAGGUAGAGGUGCUUUACGCAGCCACCAUUUUAACUGUGUCCGACUCCCUGACUGCCGUGACGUCAGAGCGCGUCAUCCUGCAGUGCGUGGCCGAGGGCAACCCGCCACCGGACAUCACGUGGAUGAGGAACGGAGUGCGCCUGCGCAGUGUGACGCGCACCGUGUCACAUGACACCACGCGCGCAGGCUCCGUGAUGCUGCAGAACGUGCAGAUGAACGCUACAGGGACGUACGUGUGCACUGCCAGUAACGGUGUGGGGAAGAGCGACAUCAAGUCUCUGCAGCUGUCUGUCAAAGCGUUUCGCUCGUCAAUGGAUGAGAACACCAUCGCCAUCCUGGUGGGCUCAAUCGCGGGCGGUCUCUGGCUGCUCAUCUGCCUGGGGCUGACCGUGUACUUCUUCCGGCGGCGCCGGGACCGAGCCGAGAAGAAGCGGUUCUCGUUCUACUACAACAUGGGCCGGGGGCAGGCCGACGCCACGGACAGCAAGCCCGGGGAGGAGACACUGGAGGUGACCCGACACCCCAACCUGCAGCCGCCUGCUAAGACGGUGUCUCAAAAGGGUCCGUACGCUGGCAUAGAAACCAUCCGACGGACGACGAAAGGAAAAGUGAGGAGAUACGCCCAGGUUCUGUACGCGUACCACGCACAAGAGGAGAACGAACUGUACAUGGAGACUGGUGACGUCAUCGAGGUGCUGGAGGGGGAAGAUGGCGGCUGGUGCCUGGGUUACCUCAAGGGCAGAAUAGGCCUGUUCCCCUCCAACUACGUCAAGUUCCUGUCGGCUUCCCAAGUCUCUGCAGCAAAGAUCCGUGAACUUUACUCUGACGCAAGUAAGAAACAGGGCAAGUCCAGUAUCUGAACUGGGCAACGCCAGGUGACGUCAGUCGUAACCAUAGUGACGACAUCAACAACGGAGCAGCAGGAAGAAUUGUAGAUAAUCUAAUACCGGAAAUGGAUGGCGGUUCAGGAGUUGAGUUAGGGGUGACUGACUUGAGCAGAUAAAAUGUGAUAAGAAGCCGUCCACGAAGAACUGUACGGAUGCCCCAUAGUCGUAUUGUUGUACAGCAAAGUUCUGUGUCCCUCAUGUCCGAAUAUUGUACCAAAACGUGGCAACUGUGGUGCUCAGCGGUCCUGUAUGUAUGAUAAGUCUUGUGACCGUAGAUCGAUUUACUGUAUAAGCUAUUGUUGUAUGUCAAGGGGUGGAGGAGACAUCAUUGAGUUUUCUAAGACAGUGCGCCUGCUUCCAUGUAAUACAAAGAUGUUGUAAAUAGCCGUAAUUAUAUAUAAGAUGGGCGCUAUACAGUAACACUAAAUCCCCGUCAAAAACAGAGCCUCGUUUUGAUUAACGUCACGCAAAAUCUCGUAGAAUCUCGCAGAACCUCAGAAGCAAUGAAUUACUCAUUUCCCUGAUCUACCUACCGUUAGAAACUGUGCAACUUUUCCCUUGUCCUUCGUGGAUCAAAAUAUUGUUAAUACUCGUAAACUGUAACUGUGUAUCUUGUUGAAAGUUAUUACAACUAUAUGAUGAUGAUAAUCUCAAAGUAUACAGUUCGUUAGAUUUCGGAAAUAUGGUGUAACAAAGACUUAU